GUCCCGGGAAGCGCCGGGCGUGUCCCGGAAGUGCGGGGGCGCGCGGGCCUGGGCGGAUCCGCGGCGGUGUCGGCGCAGCGCGGAGCGAGCGGGGCCGUGUGGGUUGUGCGUGUGAGGAUGGCAGAGCAGGAGCCAACAGCAGAGCAGCUGGCCCAGAUUGCAGCUGAGAAUGAGGAGGACGAACACUCUGUCAACUAUAAGCCACCUGCCCAGAAGAGCAUCCAGGAAAUCCAGGAGCUGGACAAGGACGAUGAGAGCCUGCGCAAGUACAAGGAGGCGCUGCUGGGAGCUGUCACCGUGAGUGCAGAUCCCAAUGCUCCAAAUGUGGUGGUGACCAAACUGACACUGGUCUGCACUACUGCUCCGGGCCCCUUGGAGCUGGACCUGACAGGUGACCUGGAGAGUUACAAGAAACAGGCGUUUGUGCUGAAGGAGGGCGUGGAAUACCGGAUAAAAAUCUCCUUUAGGGUGAACAGGGAGAUUGUGUCAGGGUUGAAGUACAUCCAGCACACGUUCCGGAAAGGCGUAAAAAUUGACAAGACCGAAUACAUGGUUGGGAGCUACGGCCCCCGAGCAGAGGAGUAUGAGUUUCUGACCCCCAUGGAAGAGGCCCCAAAGGGCAUGCUGGCACGGGGCAGCUACAACAUCAAAUCCAAGUUCACAGAUGAUGAUAAGACUGACCACCUGUCCUGGGAGUGGAACCUGACCAUCAAGAAGGAUUGGAAGGACUAGCCCUUCCUGAGGCCAAACCCCAGAGAGCGUGAAUCAGACAGUGGCUACCGUAGAAUUCCCCCCUGUACCAAAGUGCUGACAUUGGAACCCUCUUACCUGUCGUCCCCGUUAUCAUUUGACCAGAGAGCUCAGUUUUGUAUGUGCCCCCUCCCCAGAGAAUCGCCGAGUGCAUUGACCAAACCAUGCUGUCUGCAUCUGGUCUCCAGCUGCCCGUCCUGGGGCUGUGCUGCCCCAGCACCAAGGGGAGCGCCCGCUCCCUCGCCAGGCCCUUUCUUCUUCCCACCUUCCUUUGUCCAGAAGGUGCCGAAGGGGAGAGGCUUCUGUUAGGAUCCAGUGCUUGGCUUUCCUGUGCACAGCUCAGGGUAGCUACUGCCUCCAAGUAGCUCAAGAAUUUUGGUGCCAGGCAGCUGUCGAAUAGGUUUAUUGGCUUAAGUCAUGUCUGCCUGCCCCUUCUGCUCUGUCAGAGUCCUGGGAGCACUGGCAGCUUCAUUUGUGGAUGUUCCCUGUAACCAUGAUGCCUUAAAUGUGUAACACGUAUCCUCUAGGGAGGGGGCCCCGCCCCAGUUACACUUUUUAAAUGCCACCCGCCCUCCCCAUCCGUUGGCAUGGGCUCAGCUUGGUCAUGCCCCUCAUGGGUUAUUAGGAAAGAUUCAUAACUUCCCGCUUUGCUGCUGGUCCGUUCCUCACCCGAGAUGGGACAUCUCCAGAGGGGAGGGGGUGUGACAUGCUGGGUGACACCUGGCCACCCCUCACAGCACCCUGAGCAAUGGCCUGGCCAGGCCCCGGCCCAGCCUGCGCUGAGUCCUGAGCUCUCUGGGUGCCCCCGUGGCAUGGAGGGGGCUGCAGGGCAGGGGGGUUGGGGAUCACCAGUGUUGCCAUCACCUCACACUUCUCAUUGCAGCCCAGGUAGCUGCAAAGCACUGAAAUUCCAGGACAGCACCUGCCCUCCUGGCUGUUUUGGGCUGAGGGUGGACGAGUCUGUCUCUGCAGCUGCUCCUGAUGCGAUCAGCAAAGAGCUUGCGAUGGACAAGUGUUCCAAAGCGGUUAAUGCCUUAUGUAUCUGUUCUGCCUUUAAAAUCUGUGCCUGGCCUGUCAGUAGUUAUUGCCUUGACACUCGGCCCCCCGUGCCUGCUGCAGACCUGCCGGCCUCCACCCUCGGCUGCGCGGCCACAGCGCUCGGGGCGAAGGAGCCCCCGGGGCCCCGCGAGUCCCGGGGAGCUGGGCAGGCACACGCCAGCUCCGCAGCCUUCUGAUUUGGAUCUACCACGUUGAGGUCAUACUAGAACUGGGACCAAGUACAUGUGGCUUUCUCGUAGCUACGUCUUUGCCUCUAACUCCCCUCACCCUGCCCCUAGAGAGGUUUUUGUUAAUUUGAUUUGGUGCGUAUUGUCUGUAAGUCCUAGGCCCGGGUUAACAGGUUUGGAAUCAUCGUCUGCUUCUCCUUUUAUGACAGUUAAAUAAAGUCUUUGAACUGAC